AUGCUCAACCCAACCGCCAACCGCGGUGCCAAACGCCGGUACCCAUCCCCCAACGCGACUGAUUACAACGAGUUCGAACCCCCGCGCGUCCCUCUCUUUUGCAUGCCCCUGACCCAAAGUCGCAAACUCAUCCGAUUCCCCUACAUCCCAAUGCCCUCCACCACGAAAAUCACCCCACGCCCAACCAAGAGGGUAAAAUGGAACAAGGAGCCGGCGCACUGGCGCACAACACCAGGGGACUUUGUCGACGGCACCGUCCUCCACCCUUCCUCGUCCUCUGACGAUGAUGACGACGACACUAAUCACAAUCCAGACUCCGGCUUAAGAAACACCUCGGCCUCCUCAGACGGUAGCAACGCGUCAUCAGACAUCAUCAUGCUCGACGGCAGUCCGUGCUCUUCCAAAGCCGAACUUGCUCGGCUCCCCCCGAAGAACAACAAUAAGAACAAGCGACCACUCUCCGAACCGGCGCUGUACCACACUAUUGACGAGGCAGUGGCAAGGACGUUGAAAAGACGGCUGGUGCCGCAUUUGAAUAAGGUCGAGGAGAUGGUGCAGCUGAAUGCGGCGGAGGCACUGGAGAGGAUGAGGGAGCGGAUACGGAUUGCGUAUCAGUUGGAUUUCGAAAAGUUGGAGGAACAAGUGAGGAAGGCGAAGAGGGUGUGUAAAGAACGGGAGAGGGAGAUUGAACGGUUGGUGAGAGAACGGGAGGGGGGGUAUUGGGGGGAUGUAUUCGGUGAUGAUGCGGUUGGAGAAAAAAAGGGGGAAGAGGGGCUGGAGGGAGAGAAAAAAGGGGAGGAGAUGGCUGUGGAGAGGGUGAGGAGAAUGUUCAUAGAGGUCAGAGCGAAGGUGUGGGAGUUUGUGAGCAGUUCUGCAAUACAAUUGGAAACAAAGAAGGCGAAGGUGAUGGAGGUGGAUGUUAUGCGGUUGCCGUGGGUGCCGGAUCAGCAGCUGUUUGGGAACGCGUCGGUGGAGGUGAGGAGGUUUUUGGUUAUGGCGGCUGUGUUUCAGGUGUUGUAUUCGAGGAUUUUGAGGCCCGGGCAUAGGACGUUUGGAGCGGAGCUGGAUGGGGAGGUGGAUGAACGCGGGGAGACGAGGCGCGUAGAGAGGCAGUUGGAGGAUAUCGAGGGGUAUUUGAUGAGGCAUGAGAAAGUGGGACACAAAGGCGAAGCAAAAUGGCGAGCGGUCAACAUCAAUCUCUUCAAGCAACUUCGAAACGGGAUCUUGACGGUUGAAGCUAAGAGCGCGGCCCAAACAUUGAUUGGGUACCUUGAGCCCUUGAUGAACUUCACCUUUGCGCGGAACAAGAAAAUGGUUGAAAAGAUUAUCGAGCAGCUUUGCGAGCAGGCUGUGGAUCUGAAACUGGCAAUCAGGAAAUCGCCAGUGCCAUUGCGGAUCGAAAUUGCAUCGAAAAGCAUCGAUGAGGAAGACGAUGAGGAUCCUCCCGAGUGGGAACCAAAGGUGGACAAGACUGGAAAACCGUUGAUCGACCCGCGAUGGCACGAGAAAAUGGGACAGCUGAAAUUGACGACAGAGGAGAGGGACGUGAGCACCAGGGUCAAGUACAUCGCCUUUAUCCCGUUCGGAGCGUUGGCGAGAUGCGAACCCAACGGAGUCAAGGUGGCUGUGGAAAGGGCAUGGACGAUUGGAAGGGCCUAG